AUGGACGACGUUUUUAAAGAUCUCGAGAAGAAAGGAAAGACUGAUGUGGACAACUUAAUGAAAUGGAUAAAAGAUUCAAAAUUGAUUGACGCUACAAAAGAGCAAGAAGUGAAAUUAAAAGAAAUGUUCAAAGAUGUAUCGUCUAUCCAACGCGUAGAGCUGGAGAAAUUUAAAGAAAUAAUUGAGAAGUUGGCCCUAGAACAGAAGAAAUCAGUAGAACAACUGUCUAAGCAGCUCGCUGCUGAGGCCCCUCGCUUCCUAGAUGCUGCAAAGGCUGGAGUGCAGGCCUUCCGUGAAGCUCUCGAAAAGAAAUAG